GUUCGCAAAGGCAUGGCCGAUGCCGGGGUGGACGUAAUCGUGCCAUCAGAAAUCGAAGGACGUGUGUCGAGACGAGCAUUCAUCAUGGAUUUCUGCGAGGGCUUCCGCUUUACCGACCUGGAUCAGCUGGCCCUGGCCGGAGUGGAUCGCAAGGCCCUAAGU